AUGUUUGGGAAGAUAAAAAGUGUAAUAACCAGAAUUAAAGAGGUAGCUCCGAAAAUUAGUAACAGCCAUUGUGUCUUACAUCGCCAUGCGUUAGCAACCAAGAAACUUUCGACAGAUCUUAAAUCAGCACUAGACGUAGCUGUUCAGUGUGUGAACUUUAUAAAAUCACGCUCCUUAAAAACCAGGCUGUUCAAGAAGCUCUGUGAGAAAAUGGGGAGUGACCAACAGAAUCUUCUUUUACAUACAGAAAUCAGGUGGUUGUUCAGAGGCAAAGUUUUAAUAAGACUUUAUGAAUUGCGAGAUGAAGUAAAAAAUUUUCUGAAGGAGCAUACGAAAAGAAAUCUUUUUGAGUGGUUUCAUGAUGUGGAUUGGCUCAUAAAGUUAGCUCAACAGAUAUUUUCAACAAGUUUAAAACUUGAUAAAACUUGGGUAACAAACUUGGGUUUACAAGGAAAAAAAACUUCGAUCUUUCAAGCAAAUGACAAGAGUAAAGCUCUUAUUAGCAAGUCAUAUUAUUUAAUUGAACAAUAA